AUGCAGCGAAGCCAUAAUAAAGACAAGAGUGUUGAAAAAACCGUGGAGGAGAAAUAUAACAAACUAGGAGCCAUAUCAUCCAAUGAAAAUUAUGAGGUAUCCACCGAGAGGGUGGAAGAUUACAUCCUCACUCCACCAAACGGUGGAUGGGGUUGGGUGAUUGUUUGUGCCUCCCUGGUUGGUAACCUGAUAGUUGAUGGGAUCAGCUACAGCUUCGGCGUCUUCCUUUUGGAGUUUGUGGACGCUUACAAG